CAAAAGCUUCUAGGAGACAAACCAUCAUAAAAUGCUGUGGGUCUCACUCCUGUUCUAAAGUUAAGAAAAAAAUCAGACCUACUUCGUCCAACUGGAAAACUUACUCUACCGUUCAAAAAACCAUUAAUGGAACGAUAGAAGAUUUAACAAGUGAUGAGUCACCAGCACCUGAAACAAAAAUUACUGAAACAACGUUUGAAAAUCAGUACCCGAUGACUGUCCAACAUACGAGCAUGACAACUGAGGAACCGACGACAACACAGAUUACAAGCACAACUACUAGAAAAGUGGUUAUCUACACAAAAUGUGAAGCUAAUGUAACAAAAAAUAAAGCACUUUUUGACGCUGAAGGCAGAUUAAAUGAACCAGAUCAGUACGGUUUUUGGACUGAGUCUUGCGGCCGACAGUUCUUAUUUGGAAAGAAGUUGGCCAACUGGAAACAAAAUUUUGCAAACUGCCACAAAAUCGACAUGGAGCCCAUAGCUUUUGAAAAUGAGGAGAGGCAAACAUGCUUCCACCAAAUGGUGGCAAGUUGGAAAUACGGGUCAAACUACUGGACUUCUGGCUUGCGGUUGGGAGCAAGUGUAUAUUCGUGGUGCAAGAAAAACGGGACCAUUCCCUUGGUGAACGCAAAUUUUUCGUGGAUCGACACAAAACCCUUGGACGUUGGCGAACAAAAUUGUCUUCUUCUGAGCGUGCACAAGCAAAACGCCUCUUACCAGCUUUCAGAAAAAAUGUGCAAUGAUUCCGAUGUCUUCUUCGCCUGUCAAGGGAAACCUACACCACCACCUCCCUGCUCCAGUCCAGUUUGCCCAAAUUUUACCUGCGCGAAAAACCAAUCGUACUUCACAGACACUAAAAUGGCUCAGCUCACAAGUACUGUAGAUCAUGGAAAAUGGUUCACCUUCACAGGCCGAAUCUUUCUCUUCAGCUCAUCAAAAGAAACAUUUUUUGGUGCUUUGAAUGUUUGCUGCGGCUUAGGAAUGAGUUUACUAAGUUUGGAAUAUGACUACAAAUACAAAUCCGUCAUUGCAGCCAUUAAAAACAAUGUUACGUCGAGUGAUUAUUUCUGGACCUCUGGUUCCGACAAAGGGUGCGAGUCAAAUUACGGUUACUGCACGGCGAAGAGAUUGCUUCGAAAAGAGGCGAUUUGGGCAUCAGGUCAACCGGACAAUGCUGAUGGAAACGAGAGUGCUGUUGCCGUGUAUAUCACCGACGCUAAAGCUCAGUUGUUUGAUUUCAACGAAGAGUCCAAAUACAGAUACAUUUGUGAGGCUCGUGAUACAUCCAAAGCUAAAUCUGGAGGAUCCGCUGUAAGGGACGAGUGCGCCUCAGUUUACAACGUCUCUCAAGCUGAAAUCGACACCAUUCUGAACAACACAGACAAACUGGACUUGAGGAUAAAGUGCUUUUUUAAAUGCUUGGGAGAAAAUUCCGGCCUGAUGGUGAAUGGAAAAUUCUUGGAGAACGAGUUGCUGGUUAUUCUCGAAAAUUUAGCCGAUGGAAACCUGGAAGACCUUCAAAAAAACAUGGGCAUUAUGGACGAUUGCAUGAAAGCAUCCACCGGCAUGGACGAGUGCGACAAGGCGGCACAAAUGAUUAGCUGCAGCAACGAAAAGGCGCCGGAUGUUCUUAACAGUGUCAUAACGGCUAUGGACGAGUCAAUACCAAUGAUAAAACUGCCUCUACCACCUGACGCGUUAUGUUUUCAUCCAUCCCAGUGUGUAGGCGUUCCCCAAUAUGCGCAGGAAAUAGCUGCUUGCAAAACUGACUGUCGGGUAACAUAUGGAUUGGUUAAAUUUUGCGGAUCAACAAAAUACUAUCUAGAGGGAAGAAAGUAUCACUUUCAAGAUUCAUUUGUAAACUGCUGCAACAUGGGAAUGAAACUAUUAUCCAUCACCACCGUUGAAGAGGUCGAUUGCCUCGCUACUUUCGUCUACCCCAACCAAAAUGAUUGGAGUUGGGUUGCGGUGAGCCAAGUCAAGAGCAGCGCUACACGUUGGUGCACCUCUGAUAAGCCUUUUGAUGCUUCAAUUUUCUCGAGUGUUACGGACAGCUACCAAUUUGAUUCAUUUGUUUAUAUGACAAGCUCCAAAAAUUUGUCUUAUGCAGGAAUUUCGAACACCUGGUUUUCAAUUUGCGUGCAGAUUUGAUGACUUUGAAAAGUGGACAGUGCGGGAUUCCAAAUAAAUUUGAAACAUUUCAGCAUUUUAUG